AAUUUUGAGUGAAUCUUUCUAUUUGUAAAUCUCUAUCGAUAUCUCUCUGGAACGAUUCCAUCUCCCACUGUUUCUUCUUCUGGAAUUCAUUUCGUUCUCCUCACCGUCUUCUGUUUAAUGGCGAUUUUGGACUCGCCGGAGAGCUUCGACACCACGUCGUCCAGCGCCGGCAACGACGGGGACCACCGCAGUACGCUUCGCCGCAGGCCGAGCGCGCGCGCCGCGGAGGUUUUGCUCGACUCCAAUUCUAACUCUCUGGAGGCCGACACCGUCGUCAAUGGCGCUGAAAGUGAUAGAAAUGACGGUAAUUCGACUGGAAAUCUGUGCGGAAGAGUCGUGGAAUCCUUGAAUGAAGAGCAGCGGUCUGAAUCUGCGGGUGAAGGAUUGAGUUAUGUCAAGGAGAAGGAGGAGGAGAAAGGGAAGGAGAACGGGGAAAUCGGUGAAGGCAAAGGAGGGGAGGCGUUGGCCGUCAAAUUCGCGUACAGGCCUUCAGCUCCCGCUCACCGCAAAAUCAAGGAGAGUCCUCUUAGUUCUGAUGCUAUCUUUAAACAGAGCCAUGCAGGUCUCUUCAACCUCUGUAUAGUGGUGCUUGUUGCUGUAAAUGGUAGACUUAUCAUUGAAAAUUUGAUGAAGUAUGGCUGGUUAAUCAAAUCAGGCUUUUGGUUUAGUUCGACAUCACUUAGGGACUGGCCACUUUUGAUGUGUUGUCUAAGUCUCCCAGUUUUCCCACUUGCUGCAUUUCUUGUUGAGAAGUCGGUUCAACAAAACUAUAUAUCUGAGUGGGUUGCAGUCUUUCUUCAUGUUAUAAUAACGACGACAGAAAUCUUGUAUCCAGUUGUUGUCAUUCUUAGGUGUGGUUCUGCUGUUCUAUCGGGUGUCACUUUAAUGCUCUUUGCUUGUAUUGUGUGGUUGAAGUUGGUCUCCUAUGCACAUACAAAUUAUGAUCUGAGAGUACUUUCGAAAUCACUUGAUAAGUGGGAAGCUUUAUCCAGUUACUGGAACGUGGACUACUCUUACGACGUCAGCUUUAAGAGUCUCGUAUACUUCAUGGUUGCGCCUACAUUGUGUUACCAGCCAAGCUAUCCUCGUACGGCAUGCAUCCGAAAGGGUUGGGUGGUACGCCAACUCGUUAAGCUGGUAAUUUUUACAGGAUUGAUGGGAUUUAUUGUAGAGCAGUAUAUAAACCCGAUUGUGCAAAAUUCUCAACAUCCUUUAAAAGGAGACCUUUUAUAUGCCAUUGAGAGGGUGUUGAAGCUUUCAGUUCCGAAUCUAUAUGUGUGGCUCUGCAUGUUUUAUUGUUUUUUCCAUCUGUGGCUAAAUAUACUUGCGGAACUUCUAUGCUUUGGUGAUCGUGAGUUCUACAAGGAUUGGUGGAAUGCGAGGACAGUUGAGGAGUACUGGAGAAUGUGGAAUAUGCCUGUCCACAAAUGGAUGGUCCGUCAUAUAUACUUUCCGUGCUUGCGCAAUGGAAUACCAAAGGGAGUUGCAGUAUUGGUUGCCUUCUUUGUGUCUGCUAUUUUCCAUGAGCUGUGUAUUGCUGUUCCUUGCCACAUAUUCAAGUUUUGGGCAUUCCUUGGUAUUAUGUUUCAGGUUCCUCUUGUAAUUGUGACUAAUUUCUUGCAAGACAAGUUCAAAAACUCGAUGGUGGGUAAUAUGAUGUUCUGGUGUUUUUUCUGUAUCCUUGGGCAACCUAUGAGCGUGUUGCUGUACUACCAUGACUUGAUGAAUCGAAAAGCUAGUGCAAGGUAGACGAUGUGUGCCCUACACAAGUCUCACCAGAUUAUAGAGGAAUGAUACUACACCCCCUCCCCCAACCCCAAGUUUGAAGUGCUAAUUGUGCAGCUGUGGGAUGGAAGUGCUAACCCGCGUGCGCUGAUUCAGUUCCCAAGUUCUGAUUUCUUGUAAAGGUCGUUGGGGAAUGCAAUUUUGUGUCAAGGUUAUUUAACAUUUGGGUUGUGAUUACUGGGUUUAAUUUGUAUAUUUACAUUGCUACGGAUAUAUGACAUUUUGUAAAUUUACAUCAA